AUGGACAGUUCAGCGGCUACUACUAAAAAACAAAAGUUGAACGGGAAUACAUCGCCGACAUUAUCUACACCUGUCUCAUCCAUGACUGAGGUGGAGGAACCAUGGAGUUUCUUAAGGGAUGCUGAAAGGUUCACCACUUGUUCUGAAAAGGACAGACUAGAAUUGCUAGCAUAUGUAACACAACAGAACCAACGUAUAGGCCAAUUGAACCAAGAUUUGGACCGCUCCAAACUGGCCAAUAAGGCUUUUAAACAAGCCCUUAGUGAGAUUGGUACGGUUGUUAUUCUGGUGGCUAUGGGGGAUCUAUCUAAAAAAGUUGAGAUUCACCCCGUGGAAUCUGAUCCGGAGAUCCUCAAAGUUAAGACUACCAUCAACACCAUGAUGGAUCAAUUACAAACAUUUGCCAAUGAAGUGACCAAAGUUGCCUCUGAGGUGGCCAAUGGAGAAUUGGGCGGUCAAGCUAAAAUCGAAGGAUCUGUGGGGAUAUGGCGUUCAUUGACGGAUAACGUGAAUAUAAUGGCUUUAAAUUUGACCAAUCAGGUGAGAGAAAUCGCCGACGUCACCAGAGCAGUGGCAAGAGGUGAUCUAUCACGAAAGAUUAAUGUUCAUGCUCAGGGGGAAAUUUUACAGUUGCAAAUGACCAUCAAUACCAUGGUGGACCAAUUAAGAACAUUCGCCUUUGAAGUGUCCAAAGUAGCCAGAGAUGUAGGAGUUGACGGGAUCUUGGGAGGUCAGGCUCAAAUUGAAAACGUCGAGGGGAUCUGGAAGGAAUUGACAGAUAACGUAAAUGCCAUGGCUUUAAAUUUAACAACACAAGUGAGAAACAUUGCCAAUGUUACUACUGCUGUUGCUAAAGGGGAUUUAUCCAAAAAAGUCACGGCUGAUUGUAAAGGAGAAAUCCUUCAAUUAAAAAGUACCAUUAAUCAAAUGGUGGAUCGAUUACAGAAUUUUGCCUUAGAGGUGACCACUUUAUCAAGAGAAGUGGGGACCUUGGGUAUUCUUGGAGGUCAAGCAAACGUUCAAGAUGUUGAAGGUGCUUGGAAGGCUGUUACUGAGAACGUUAAUUUGAUGGCUACUAAUUUAACUAAUCAAGUGAGAUCCAUUGCUACUGUGACCACUGCUGUUGCUCAUGGAGAUUUGUCCCAGAAGAUUGAUGUUCAUGCUCAAGGAGAAAUCCUUCAAUUGAAAAAUACCAUCAAUAAAAUGGUGGACUCAUUACAGUUGUUUGCUCUGGAAGUGUCUAAAGUCGCAAGGGAUGUGGGUAUUAAUGGUAAGUUGGGGAUUCAAGCUCAAGUUAAUGAUGUAGAUGGAUUAUGGAAAGAAAUCACCUCCAAUGUCAAUACCAUGGCUUCUAAUUUGACCUCACAAGUGAGAGCUUUUGCUCAAAUCACUGCUUCGGCUACAGAUGGUGAUUUCACUCGAUUUAUUACCGUUGAAGCCAUGGGUGAAAUGGAUGCUUUGAAAACAAAAAUCAACCAAAUGGUGUUUAAUUUAAGAGAAUCCAUUCAAAGGAAUACUGCAGCUAGAGAAGCAGCUGAAUUGGCCAACAGUGCCAAGUCUGAGUUUUUGGCUAAUAUGUCCCAUGAAAUCCGUACUCCACUUAAUGGGAUUAUUGGGAUGACCCAGCUUUCUCUUGAUACAGAAUUGACUCAAUAUCAAAGAGAAAUGUUAUCGAUUGUUCAUAAUUUGGCCAAUUCAUUACUCACUAUUAUUGAUGAUAUUUUGGAUAUUUCUAAGAUUGAAGCUAAUAGAAUGACAGUGGAGCAAAUUGAUUUCUCCCUAAGAGGAACCGUGUUUGGGGCCUUGAAGACUUUGGCAGUGAAAGCCAUUGAAAAGUCAUUAGAUUUGACUUAUUGUUGUGAUUCUUCUUUCCCCGAUAACUUGAUUGGUGAUUCGUUUAGAUUGAGACAAGUGAUAUUGAAUUUGGCAGGAAAUGCCAUCAAGUUCACCAAACAAGGUGAAGUCAGAGUUAGUGUAAAGAAGUCUUCAAGACCUCCCAAAAACAAAGAUGAUUUGUUCCUUGAGUUUUGUGUGAGUGACUCGGGUAUAGGAAUCGAAUCUGACAAACUUGGGUUGAUUUUUGAUACCUUUUGUCAAGCCGACGGUUCUACAACAAGAAGAUUUGGUGGUACAGGGUUAGGGUUAUCUAUUUCCAAGCAAUUGAUUCAUUUAAUGGGUGGUGAGAUUUGGGUUCAAUCUGAUAUUGGUAAAGGGUCAGAGUUUUAUUUCACAGUGAACGUUUCACCUUCCAGUAUCAACUAUAACAGACAAACUGAACAAUUGUUACCCUUUAGUCAACACUAUGUUUUAUUUGUAUCGACAGAACAUUCUUCUGAUGCUCUUGAGGAAAUUAGAAGAGGUAUACUUGAAUUGGGACUUAAUCCAAUCAUUGUUCAUGAUGUCGACAAGGUGAACUUGACAGAACCUAUAAAGUUCGAUACCAUUAUUAUUGAUUCUAUUGCUACCGCCAAAAGUUUACGUCUUCUUCCUGAAGUUAAGUACAUCCCCUUGGUGCUUCUUCAUCCAGCAAUCCCCGAGUUAAACAUGCGUGUUUGUAUUGACUUGGGUAUAUCGUCAUACGGGAACACCCCAUGUUCUGUACCAGAUUUGGCCAGUGCAUUGAUCCCAGCGUUGGAAUCCAGAUCCAUAGCUCAAAACUCAGAUGAAUCCGCAAGUUAUAACAUACUUCUUGCUGAAGAUAAUUUGGUGAACCAAAAAUUGGCAGUACGUAUAUUGGAAAAACACGGCCAUAAGGUCGAGGUUGUUCCUAAUGGAUUGGAAGCAUACAAGGCCAUCAAAGCAAAUAAGUUUGAUGUUGUUUUAAUGGAUGUUCAAAUGCCAAUUAUGGGAGGGUUUGAAGCAACAGAAAAGAUCCGUCAAUGGGAAAAGAAAACGAACCCUAUUGAUUCCUUAAGUAUUCGGACUCCAAUCAUCGCCUUAACUGCCCAUGCUAUGUUGGGUGAUAGAGAGAAAUCAUUGGCUAAGGGUAUGGAUGAUUAUGUUUCAAAGCCUUUGAAGCCAAAGUUAUUAUUACAAACCAUUUCGAAAUGCAUUCACAAUAUCAAACAAUUGAAACAAUUGUCCAAACAAAAUAGAACUUCAUCUGAUUUUGCAAAGAAUUUGAAAAAGGGUUCAAUCAAUGAACAAAUGGCCAAUAUCAAUUCCAAUGGGGCAAGUCCCUCUUAUAAUAAUGGAGCAGGUACUCCACACUCAAAUAACUCAGAUGUGUUAACAUCCCAUGAAAACGACUUUCCUCCCCCAUUAAGAAACAUGCAGUCCAGUGAAUCCUUAUCUACCAGAAUUCCCCUUUCAAGAUCAGUCACAUCCCAAAGUGUUGCCAGCGAAGACAUGGAUCAGUUACCUUGA